GCUAACUUCACGUCUUCCCCAAGCCUACUUCUGUCGGAAAACGUGCCUGCAUGGGGCUCCUAAAUGAGACGACAGCUGGAAAACCCGCCGACUUCAUAUAUCACAGGUCCGCCGACGAUAUUGCCGCAUCGCCCAUUGUCAUACACCCAACAGAAGCCCUCUGAUUUCGAUAGAUGAUUGUCGCUUGAUGAAUGCGUCGGCGGACGCGCGUCCUCAAGCAUGGCCACCGGUCAACUGGACAGCAUCUUGAGACGCGAUGACAGGUUUCUGAAGGAGAUGUGGACUUGGUUCGGCGUAGGGGCUCUUGUCAUCCUUUUGCGGUUUUUCGUCAGGAUUCGUAUGGUUGGUCCCAGAGGCCUCAAGGGAGAUGACUACAUAAUGCUUGUUACUUUGUUCUUAUACACGGUCUGUUUUGUCAUGGUGGACUUAGUUUAUCGAUAUGGCACGAAUGUAGACCUCACAGCUGCUCAAAUUAGCACUCUAUCCGACGACGAAGUAGCACGACUUGUGCAAGGUUCUAAGUUCCAGCAAGUCGCUUGGUACUCGUAUACCGCAUAUUUGUGGUCUAUGAAAGCAACCCUACUGUUCUUCUAUAAGCGAAUGACUUUCGACCUGUGGCAAAACGCGAGAGUGCUGAAACAUCUGACGUGGUUCACGAUUUUGUCAUACUUGGUUGUGGUUGGAACAAUCACCUUUAGCUGCAUGCCAUUUUCAGAUAAUUGGGGAGUGAGGCCCUUACCUAGCGAAAAGUGUGUCUUCAAGGCCCAAAAUCUGCUAGUAUCAACGUUUCUUAACGUUGUGACCGAUGCAGCCAUUCUUUGUCUGCCCCUGCCCGUUCUGAGGGAAAUUAGGGUACCCUUUUACAAGAAAGUAUUCAUAGCAAUACUGAUAUGCUCCGGCCUAUUUGUCAUCGCGGCCGCGAUCAUGCGAGUCGCGGUAACUCUGGGCUCAGAGCCUUCAACAAUUACAGUGAAUAGGUGGGGAGUCCGAGAAUGCGAAGUUGGUCUAAUUGCUGUUAACGCACCCAUUUUACGUCCUCUGUUCUCCCGCAGGUUUUGGCAGUGGCAUUACCGGCCGCCGGCUCGAACGCCAAACCCCAUGGAGAGUGCAAGAAGAAGCAGAACGACGGUUGGCGGACAUCGACGUAGAGUUAUUAAAGAGGACUCACUUCUUGGCUGGGUAGGCUCCACUACUUCAAGAUUAGGAACCAUUGUGGGAGGGACUCAAGACCGUGGGAAUACAGUGGAUGUGGAACUAGGAGACGCGGCCAGUGAGCAGGAGCUGGAGCCUCUUGACAAGGUUGAGGACGUUGAAAGACAGAGUUCUCAUAACCCCACCAAUGACGAGAUAGCGAAAAAUGAUUAAAUCAGAGGUCGGACAGUUGUAGGGGUCAAUAUACUUGAGUAAUCACAUGGGGGGAACAGGGGCGCAUUUACAAGUUGUUUUGUAUCAAAGAAAAGCGAAUGUUGGAAGAA